UAGCUAGUAGUGUUCAAUGCCAGCGCGUGUUGCAUCUUCUGCAGCAACGAUGCUCACCAAUCUAGGGCCCAGAUCUGUGUUCACCGCCUCUACCGGACUCAAGUUACCGGUUAUCGGACUUGGAACCUUCCUGAGUACUGAUGAAAGUACGUUGGUGAAGUCUCUGAACGCCGCGCUAGAGCUGCGCUAUCCUCUCAUAGACACUGCCUUCCUCUACGACAACGAGCACAUCAUCGGCAAAGUGCUCAAGGAUUGGAUGGAUAAUGGAAAACUACGCCGUGAGGACAUCUUCAUUACCACUAAGCUUCCACCCCAGGGGAUCCGUGUCGAACACGUGAAGGAGUUCCUAGAGAAGCAGCUGAAGGCCUUACAGUUGGAGUACGUGGAUUUGUAUCUGAUACACCACGCUGUGGGUUACAAGUACGACAGCACCAUCAUGUCAGGUAGUGAAGGCCUAGACCUAACAACUGAUCACGUCGCAGUAUGGGAGGAGAUGGAGAACAUGGUGGAUGCUGGUCUCACAAAAUACAUCGGGCUGUCCAAUUUCAACGUGAGACAGAUUGAGAGAAUUAUGGAAAAUGCUCGCAUCAAACCCUCCAACCUCCAGAUAGAGCUUCACAUCUUUCAACAGAGCAAAGAAGAGCAAGAAUACUGUGAAAGGAACGGCAUCCUCAUCACUUCAUACGCUACAAUGGGCUCUAUGGGAGUGCCUGAAGGAUUUUUUGUCAGGAAAGUCGACAAUCCCCUGACAAAUGCAGACGUGCUAGCGAUCGCUAAGACUCACAACAAGACAGCUGCCCAGGUGUUGCUACGUCACAUGAUACAGUCAGGUAUCGCUGUCAUACCCAAGAGCAGCAAACUGGAGAGGCUGAAGGAAAACAUUGAUAUAUUCGACUUCCAGCUGAGCAAGCUAGAGAUGCUGAGGCUUGGAGUGCUGGAUCGAGGGGAGUAUGGGAGGAGGUUUAUCCUGGAAGGAAUGUUCUCCCACCCAGAGUACCCCUACAGUAGGAAGACACAGUAGUCGCAACAUAAUAUAUUACUUAUCGGUAUUCUAUGCUUUUCAUGAAAGAUUAUGUCUGAGUUAAAGUUUUUACAACAGUC